AUGUAUUAUUUUAAAUACAAGAAAUUUGUUAUAACUUUUAAUAUUGUGAGAAAUAUGGCUACUCUUAAAAGAUUUUAUCGAAAAACAAAUAUAUUAUCAAGCAGUGGAAAAUAUGAAAUUACACUUGAUCAAAGAAAACUUAAAACACCACAAGGAAAAAUAUUUCAAGUGGAUAGUAAACCUUUAGCUUUAGCUGUAGCAACUGAAUGGGAUAUGCAAAAACAAAUUAUUGAUAAAAGCAAUAUGCAUUUGACAGCACUUUGUAAUACUGUGAUAGAUAAUCCUCACAACCAUACAAAAGAAGAUAUGGUAAAUUAUAUUGUAAGUUCUUUAGAGAUGGAUACAUUAUUAUUUCAUUCAAAUGAAAAUGAUGAAUUACAUAAAUUACAAACUGAAAAUUGGGAUCCACUAGUACAAUGGUUUUGUGAUAAUUAUAGAGUAAAUAUGAUAAAAACUCAAAGUAUAGUAGCCCCUACUAUAUCUUCAGAAACUAAAAUAAUAUUGACAAGACAUUUAAUGUCUUAUAAUUACAAUGCAGUUUAUGGUUUUAUGUAUGGAGUAGAUGCAAUCAAAUCUGUAAUUCUUACACUAGCUGCAGCAGAAAGAAUUAUUAGUAUAAAAGAAGCUGUAAAACAAUCACGUUUGGAGGAAAAUUAUCAAAUUUCUCAUUGGGGAUCUGUAGAAUGGUUUCAUGAUCAUAAUAAGUAUGAUUUACAAGCUCGUUUAGCUGCAGCUAUUUUAUUUGUGCAUUUGAAUUCUUAUUCUGUAUCGUAUCAACCAAAACAAAAUAAAAAUUAAUUGAAUGAA